UGGUUACUCAAGCUUCCAAGAUUAGCUUUUCUUUCAAAGACAAUUCAAUCUAGCAGCCAUGAAAAUGAAGAUUAGUCCCAUCAAAUACGCAAAAACUAUAAACAAGACUUCCAUUCUAAUUGGCGAGGAUAUCGUAGGUGACACCAUAGAAACGUUGGAGGAAUGGUACAGUCAUCCUCAUAAAUACGAAAUUAUGCAAGACGCUAUGAAAUUUAAGGAACACCUCAGGUCCGCGUCUAGCCUUCCUUACUGGGUGAAGUUCCUGGGCAUGCACCGCGAUGAAGUCGGCAUGUUCCACGGAAUAGUCACACCCAUCAUCCGUUGUUUCUCUGACUAUCUGGCUUAUCUCAUUGAUGAUUUCGAGAAGGGAGUGAAUGGUACAUUUAAUCACCCUAAUGCUGGAGUGCCGCCAGAUCUAAUAGAGACGCAGCUGGGAAAGACCAUUCUCAACGAGUUGCGAAACACCACUUUCUCCAAAGAUUACGUUUUUUGCCACAACGCACUCUAUUAUAAAAGCUUUGUUUUAAAAGACAACAAGCUUAUUGGUAUUCGAAACUGGCAGUACGCAGGAUUCUAUCCACCCGAGUUCGAAGACAUCAUCCACAAGUAUCUGGAGGUUUUUCAAUUUGAAGAGUUUCAUGCAAAAUUCGUCAAAAAAUCAAAUCAGCCGUCAACUUCAUCGACUCAUGAUCUCAAUCAAAAUGCCAACGUAGUCUGAACGUAACUCAAUAAAGUUAAUGUAGGGUCGAAGAAG